GGGGAGCUGGAAUCAAUCUUCCAGAGAAUGCUUCCGACUAAGAUGCGCCAAUGAAAAAUGUGCAGAGUAAGAGGUGUAAGAAAUGAAGAGCAAUUCGAAGAUUCUAUGAGAAGUCCAAGUUCCAAGUUGUGGUUACUUACAGAUAAGUACAGUAUUAAUUUUGUCUCUCUAUUAUUUUAGUAUCCCAGAGUAUAAAACAAGUAUGAUUUUUCAUUAGGGAACAGACCUUCCUUCUUUUGUCUAUUCUCACUAGAAUCUUGGUUUUUUGGUUUUGUUUUGUUUUUUCUUUUAGCUUCCCUUCGUUUUGACCAAGGGUCAAGGUGGACAGCAGACAGACUUGACGCUGUUGUUGUAUCAGCCAGGUGCUUACGGAGAUGAAGAGAAGGAAGCAGAGGCUUGUCAGCACUGCAGUGUUGCCUUCCAUGACCUACAUGCUCCCUGAGUGGUUGUGUUUAGUUUGAAAAUUUAUGCAAUUAUACAUCUACAGAUUAACACCCAAAUACCAUUUUCCAGUCCAAUUUGAAGAUGUGUAUAAUGACUUAAGGUGGUUCUUAAGUAAAAAUGUUCUGGAAAAAUAUGGUGUGAGCCCUGAAAGGGUCUGUGUUUCUGGAAACAGUGCAGGAGGGAAUCUGGCUGCAGCAGCGACUCAGCAGCUCUUUGAUGACCCAGAUAUCAAGAUCAAACCUAAGAUCCAGGCUUUCAUUUAUAAUGCUCUUCAAUCUCUCGAUUUAGAUUCACCAUCGUAUCGAGAAAAUUCACAUAUGGCAGUUCUUUCCAAAUCCCUCAUGGUCAGGUUCUGGAGUGAAUACUUUACCACAGACAGGGCACUCGAGAAAGCCAUGCUUUCCAAUCAGCAUGUACCUGCGGAAUCAAGUCAUCUCUUCAAGUUUGUUAACUGGAGCUCCUUGCUUCCUGAGAGGUGUAGAAAAGGACAUGUUCAUACCAACCCAACUUAUGGUAGUUCUGAAUUGUUUCAAAAAUAUCCUGGGUUCCUGGAUGUGAGGGCAGCUCCUCUGUUGGCAGAUGACAACAGGUUGCGUGGUUUACCCCUGACCUAUGUACUCACUUGUCAGUAUGAUGUGUUAAGGGAUGAUGGACUCAUGUAUGUCACCAGGCUUCAGAAUGCUGGAGUUCAAGUGACCCAUAACCAUGUGGAGGACAGAUUCCAUGGAGCACUUUCUCUUCUGGAUCUUAAAAUUUAUCAAAGAUUGAUAGAUCAAUAUAUUAAUUGGCUAAAGGAAAAUCUAUAGUAAAAUAUAUAUUUCUGAUAUAUUUUCAAAAUAUACUAAUUCUCACCGUAUCAGAAAACCCACUUGGUAGGAAAUUGUCUUUUUUGUAAUGGUCUUCUGAAGAUCCACAUAUAGUAUGGAAGUUGCUUGUGUCAAUGGUCACUUUGAUAUUGUUCUUUCUUAAUCUUAGGUAUUUCUUUCAACAUUCCCCAUUUUAUAUGUGUUAAUUCUGCCAGUUUUCUCUAUUUUUAAUCGUAGUUUUUGAUACUUUAUUUUUGUUUUAGACUCUCCUUUAAGUGUUAGCUAUUACAAUUCCAAGAAGAGAAAUGUGAAUAAAUACUGCCUGUCU